AGGUGUUGAUGUAGCAGUGGCUGUUGUUCUUCGAACAAGCGAGUUGGAAGAUUUGAGUUGUUGUUUGCUUCAACUUGUGGGGAGUAGGCGCGGGUGUGGGUUUGAAUAAUGUCGAGCGGAUUGUCUGUGUUCGUCCGCUUGUCAGGCUUGUGUGUGGCGUAUGCUGCAUUCUCCUAUGCUGUAGAUGCUGCCAAGAGCCCGCUGCAGAAAUGCAUCGAGAGCAGUGACGGGUCGCCCAUGUCCCUCCUCGCUGCUCUUUUGGCGGAGUUCGGGUCGCUUGCCAAAAGUUUUACGAGCAGGGCCGGCAAGUCAGACAGCAGGAGGAGCGAGUCGAAGAAGAAGGCUGCUGCAGGGGAGUCAAGGCGGCAAACAAGUUUGUUUGAGGAGGAAGUGUUUGUGGAGGAUCUCUGCUCCAAGUGCAAAGAUGGAUGGGUGAUCGUGCAUAGGCUAAUGGAAUUCUCUUGUAGCAUGGGGAUCGAAUAUCCGGGAGAGCCGUUCCAACCUUGUAAACUCUGCCUGGAGAGGAGGAGGGGGUUAUCAGUGUUGGAGCGCAGCUUCGGAGCUUCAAGCCCAAGGCUCUGAGAGGAGGUUUGGAGUAGUAACUCAUAUUCUUUCUUGUCCUUGAGAUCUCCAAGAGAGAUUUUCAUCGGCAUGCUUUAUUUUCAUUCACGGGCAUUGAAGUGCGUCCUGAGA